AUGUCGACGCACCCCUCGACACCCUCGUACGUCGAUCUCGGCUCGCCCCCCGGCAAGCCCGAUGAGAUCGAGCACCUCGUGCCAUUUUCUCUUACAUCAAAUGGGCUGAACUAUGUCAUUCGCGUACCUGCGCAGCUUCAAAUCGCCCUUGAGAAUCACAAACCCCGCUUUCUCGAAUCCCUAGUCUCCAAUCCUCCCGCGGCGACAGCUGCCCUAGUGCUCAGCUUUCUUCAACACCUGGUCGACGCGGACGCGGACGCUGCAACCGUUCAAUGCCUCCUACAGGCCUUUGCUCGCGAUUUUCUCGUCUCCACCGAUAUUCACACCCUUGUCACGGCCCUCCCCGAGCAACUGCCGACUCAGAAGUGUCUACUGCGCGCCUUCUAUGCUGCCAUCCACCAUGCCUCAUGGUCCCCUCCGGUGCCGCGCAGUGCCCUGUUAGCGGAUGCCGAACGGGGCCUUCUUCGUCUAGUGGCCGUGUUUGGUGGCCAAGGUGCCGGUAAUCCGCGAUGUGUCCAGGAGCUGCAGGACUUGUACACGACCUACGCCCCUCUGCUCACGCCCCUCAUCGACGUCCUCGAUCGUGAACUGUCCGAUCUGUGUCGUCAUCCGGACACGGCGGCCUUUUAUCAUGGACGCAGCAUCCAACUCCGCACCUGGUUGGACCAUCCCGAGUCCGUUCCCGACUCAGCCUACAUUCAAACCGCCGCAGUGAGCUUCCCCAUUAUCGGGGCCAUUGGUCUCGCCCAUUUCGCCAUCACCUGCCGCGUUCUCGACCUCACGCCCGGCCAGGUGCGAUCUCUCCUCCACGGGGUGACGGGUCACUCUCAAGGGAUUGUCGUGGCGGCGGGCAUUGCGCGGUCCGACUCGUGGUCCUCCUUCUAUGAGAAUGCCCAGUUGGUGGUCCGGACACUGUUCUGGCUGGGGUACGAAAGCCAGCAAGCUCCGACAGCACGGGAACCGGUGUCUGCUGCCCUGAUCGAGGAGUGCCAUACUCAUGGGGAAGGAGCCCCGUCGACGAUGCUGCAUAUUGGCGGCCUCUCCAAGGCCCAGGUCAUCCAGAUCAUCGACCAGAGUAAUCAUGAACUGGCCCCCCACCAUCAGGUGUACCUGGCAUUAUCCAACACACGCGAGAGCUUCGUCGUGGCUGGUCCCCCACGCUCCCUCGUCGGGGUCCACCGCCGGCUACGCGAGCUCAAAGCCGACCCCAAUCGCGACCAGUCGCGCAUCCCGUUCGAUCGACGGAAGCCUGCCGUAAAUCACCAGUUUCUCCCCAUCUCGGCACCGUUUCAUACGCCUUACCUGCAACAGACUGCACGAGUGGUCAAGGAGCGAUUGUCCGACUCGCGCUUCCAGGCGAGCGAGUUCCGCUCUCCGGUGUAUCACACUCGCGAUGGAUCCGUGCUGACGGGAGCCACCGACGCCAUUGCUUCGCUGGUGGAUGCGGUCCUCACGGAUCCAGUCGACUGGCCCACCACAGUCCAAUUCCCCAGUGGCACAUGCGCCCUGGCCUUCGGGAAAGGCGUCGGAGAGAUGCUAGCGCGAAACCUCGAGGGCCGCGGCGUCGGCAUCAUAGACAGCACCCAACUCACCCCGGGCAAAGCUGUCUCCGGGGCACGGCCAGACCUUUUUGCAGCACAUAUCUCUGCCUCGCUUGUCCCACCCAGCUGGGAGGAGAGGUUCCGUCCCCGGUUGAUCCAAGCCAAAACGGGGGAAGUGCGCAUCGUAACCAAGCUGACAACUGUGCUAGGAGCCCCGCCGGUCAUUGUAGCGGGCAUGACUCCCACGACAGUACCAUGGGACUUUGUCGCAGCCAUCAUGAACGCGGGAUAUCAUGCGGAGCUGGCAGGAGGCGGGUAUUACAAUGCAGACAGCAUGGAACAGGCCAUCACCACAUUGGCCGCCAAUAUCCCCCCAGGUCGGGGCAUCACCUGUAAUCUCAUCUACGCAAGCCCGAAGGCCCUAGGAUGGCAGAUUGCUCUUCUCCAACGGCUGGCGCAGCGUGGUUGCUCCCCUGUCGAGGGUCUCACCAUCGGAGCAGGGAUUCCAAGUCUGGCCGUGGCCUCGGAGUACAUCACCACGCUCGGCCUGCGGCAUAUAACCUUCAAGCCCGGUUCGGAGGCAGCAAUCGACCAGGUCUUGGAGGUUGCCCGGGCUCAUGCCGAUUUCCCGAUCAUCAUCCAGUGGACGGGUGGACGUGCAGGAGGUCAUCACUCGUACGAAGAAUUUCAUGUGCCAAUUUUGCGAAAGUAUGGUGCCAUCCGGGCCUGCAACAAUGUCAUCCUCGUUGGGGGAAGUGGCUUCGGCGAGGCUCAGCAGGUCUAUCCGUAUCUAAGCGGGUCCUGGUCAGUUCCGCAUGGACAUGCCCCGAUGCCCUUUGAUGGCAUUCUCCUAGGCAGUCGGGUGAUGGUUGCUCAGGAGGCUCACACAUCUCCGCAAGCCAAGCAGCUCAUCUGUGCUACUCCCGGAGUGGCAGCCGAUUCUCAAUGGACGCAGAGCUAUGUCCGUCCCGCAGGUGGCGUAGUCACCGUCCAGUCCGAGAUGGGCCAGCCGAUUCACAAGCUCGCCACGAGGGGGGUUCUCCUAUGGAAGGAAAUGGACGAACAGAUCUUCUCUCUGCCCCGGGAGAAGCAGCUAGGCGCUCUACAAAAGCGCAAGAACCACAUCAUCCAGCGCCUCAAUGCGGACUACUUCCGACCCUGGUUCGGGAAAAAGGCCACCGGAGAGCCGGUAGAGCUGGAGGACAUGACCUAUCAAGAGGUUUUGGAGCGUUUGGUGGAGGUGAUGUAUCUCCGCAGUCUAGGACGAUGGGUCCAUCCGUCGUACACGCGGUUAGUGAUAGACGUGGCGACGCGAAGCAUGGAGCGCCUUCAUCAAGUUCCUCUGGAUGGGAUCAUCACACCAGCAACUUUGUCUAGAGACCCCCAGGGCUUUUUGGCCGACCUCCGCCACGUCGUGCCUCAGGCGAGCGCUACCCUGCUACAUCCCGAAGACAAGGCGUGGUUCCUACAGCGCUGUCGAGUCCCGGGACAAAAGCCCGUCAACUUCAUCCCGGUUCUCGAUCAAGACUUUGCAGUCUGGUUCAAGAAGGACUCCCUGUGGCAGUCCGAAGACGUCGAUGCCGUUCCUGACCAGGACGCUGACCGUGUUUGCAUCUUGCAUGGUCCUGUCGCUGCUCGUUAUGCCCACCGCAUUGAUGAGCCCGUCAAGGAAAUCCUAGACGGCAUGACGCACCCCCUGGCAGAAAUGUUGGAAGCCGAGUUCUACGGAGAAACACCUAUCCCAUGGACAGAUGAGCUGGAGACGCCCAGCGAGGGCCACCGUCAGCUUCGUAGCACUCUGCAUGUGGUCGAGCAGGAACCGGGGGUGUUCACGUAUCAGCCCUUGCCAGGAAAGGAGCUCCCAUCUGCUCAUCGAUGGCUAUCGUAUCUCGCCCAUGAAACCGCCGGGUGGAUGCGCGCGAUCGUAUCGAAUCAGGACCUCCGACGGGGUCCAGGACGACGCCCAAACUGGCUGUGUGACUCGCUUGCCCUUACCUGGGACACGGUUAUUACCAUCGAUGGUCCGCGGUCAACACUACUGGUCACCCGCGAUGAAGACAGCGGCACAUACCCCGUGGUGUCUAUGACCAGCGCCGACGGGGUUCAAGUGGUCGUGCAGGUUUAUCAUCAAUAUCCCCGCAGCAAUACCCCGCUUGCACUCGAGCUACAGUAUGCUUACAACCCCGAGAGCGGUACCCUGAGCGAGAUCCAGGAUGGACAUGAUGCCCGUGUUCAGUCCUUCUACCACAAGCUCUGGCUUGGGGAGAAUCCUCCCAGUAUCUCGACGAACGGCACGUACUAUGGGGGCCAGAAGAUCCUGACAGCUGAUCUGCGAGAUGCCUGGGUUUCUGUGGUCGGCCUGUCCUAUCCCAGUCAGCGAGACCUCGCAGCCGAAGGAAGCCACAUACCCAUUCAUGCCGCUAUGGUACCGGCCUGGGAGGCUCUGGUGGCACCACUGGUGACUCCCCAUCAUGAAGGCGACCUGCUACAAUUGGUACACCUAUCAAACAGCUUCCAGCUCGCGUCCGGAGAAUCCCCACUACAAAUCGGGGACGUAGUGGACGUCACCUCGUCGGUGCAGGCUGUUGUGGUGGACGACAGAGGGAAGGAGAUCCAGGUUGUGGCUGAACUGCAACGGGAAGGCCGCCAGGCCAUGACUAUCACAUCGGUAUUUUUCAUUCGAGGCGCUUUCACUGACACCCACGAAUGCUUCCGAACUACCGACGAGCCAGAGAUACUUCUUCACAAUCUGACUGCGGUCGAUGAUGCGAUCUUGAGAGAUCGUGCUUGGUUUCAUAUCGACGAUUCCACCUCUUUGGUCGGGGAAACCCUGUCCUUCCAGUUGCACACGCACGAGCGCUGGACCAAAGGCACCCAGACCCGCCGCCAUAUCGAGACAACUGGUGAAGUCUACAAACUUGGCCCUCGUGGUACACGUGUCCGUGUUGGGGACGUUGAAUUCCAGACGUCAUCCACCCCGGGCAACCCCGUCAUAGAUUUCCUAACACGCAAGGGACAGAAGGCCCAUGUGCGUCAAGAGCUUACUCAACCUGGUUGGCCCGGCCCGAAAAGCUCCCAAACCGUGCAAAUGCCCGCCAGCAGCGAACAGUAUAGCCAAGUCUCCAUCGACGCCAACCCCAUCCACACCGCACCCACGUUUGUCCGGAUCGCUCAACUUCCUGGCACCAUUGUCCACGGCAUGUACACAUCGGCUGUGGCCGGUAGUGUGCUGGAGCACCUGAUCGAUGGAUGGGACCCGCGACGACUGCGGCGGUGGUCCGUCCGCUUUGUGGGGAUGGUCCGCCAGGGGGACCAAAUCACGGUCCGGUGUCGCCACAUCGCCAUGAUCGAGGGCCGUAUGGUGUUGGAAAUUCAGGCAUUCCGGCAGGGAGAUGAUGGCCAGGACGAAGAGAAGGUCCUCGAUGGAGAGGCGGAGAUCGAGCAGCCUUCCACCGCAUAUGUGUUUACCGGUCAAGGCAGCCAAUCGCCAGGCAUGGGGAUGGACAUCUACCGGGCGAGUCCGGUGGCCCGGAAGAUCUGGGACGAGAUGGACGAGUACUUCCGGGACAAUUAUGGCUUUUCCAUCUUGCAAAUUGUGCAAGACAACCCGAAGGAGCUCACGGUUCACUUUGGUGGACCACACGGUCGACGCAUCCGGCAACGAUACCAGGAUAUGCGUGUCGACAGCGUCUCUCCAGAUGGUCAACUGAUCAGCAAGCCGGUCCUACCCGGCCUGACAUCCACGACGCGCUCGCAUACCUUCCGCGAGCCACGGGGACUGAUCUACUCAACGCAGUUCGCGCAGCCAGCCAUCACCAUUCUCGAAAAGGCCAUGUUCGAAGACAUGCGUGCGCGUGGACUCAUCCAAGACGGGGCCCCCUUUGCUGGACAUUCGCUGGGCGAGUACGGAGCUCUGGCCGCCAUCGCCGAGUUUAUGCCCUUCCCGUCGUUCAUGGACGUGGUAUUCUAUCGAGGUCUGGCCAUGCAACUAGCCAUGGAGCGCGAUGAGGCCGGCACCACGGAUUACUCCAUGGUGGCGGUGAAUCCCCGACGUGUUGGCCCGACGGUAACGGAAAUGGCCAUUCGUCGCAUCACCACCAUGAUCGCGCAGCAAAGUAACCGAUUGCUGGAGAUCGUCAACCUCAACGUCUCCGGCGAGCAGUACGUCUGUGCAGGACACCUUCGCAACAUCUACACACUCACCGAAGUUCUCAACGAGCUCAACCAAGCCAGUCCCGACCACCUCAGCUUCUGCUUACGCGAGAUCAGCGCAGGCGAUGAAACGGAUCUCUCCGCAACCGUGCUAGGCCACAUUAUCGCGCGAGCGCUAGCAGCCGCAGAGGCCGUUCCCAAACCUGUCCCGUUGAUCCGAGGCAUCGCGACGAUUCCCUUGGUCGGGAUUGAUGUGCCGUUCCACUCGUCCAUGUUGCGCUCGGGUGUGGACGGAUAUCGGCGCUUCCUGCAGGCCCGAGUGCGCGAAGCAGACGUGCAGCCGGAUAUUCUGGAGCAGGGAUAUAUCCCGAAUGUGACGGGCAAGUCGUUCCGAUUGAAUGGGGGGUAUGUAGAGGAGGUGGUGCAGUUGACGGGGAGUCCAGUGUUGCGGGAGUGGAAGACGACCGCUGUGCAUUGACGUCGCUGGUUGAAGGUAAUGAGGGGAUGAUUUGGAUGAGCUGUGUUCCUCGAUGUUUGAUGAUUCAUGUUUUAGUAAGCGAU